GAGCGGAGCGGAGCGAUGGGGCCGGGCGGGGCGCUGGGGCUGGGGCUGCUGCUGGGGGUCCUCGGCGGGGCAGCGAGCGAGCUCCAUUCCCUGCAGUACUUCCACAUUGGGGUGUCAGAGCCCAGCCCGGGGGUGCCCCAGUUCGUGUCCGUGGGGUACGUGGACGGGAACCUCAUUUCACGCUACGACAGCGAGACAGGGAAGACGGUGCCUGGGGCGGACUGGAUGAGGGACAACCUGGAUCAGUGGUACUGGGACGGGCAGACCCAGAUUGGACAGAACAAUCAGAAGGUUAACCGUGUGAACCUGGACACAGCGCGGGACCGCUACAACCAGAGCGGGGGGGCUCACACGCUGCAGCGCAUGUACGGCUGUGACCUCCUGGAGGAUGGUAGCACCAGGGGGUAUUGGCAGGACGCCUACGUCGGGAGGGACUUCAUCGCCUUUGACAUGGACACGAUGACGUUCACUGCGGCGGACGCAGCAGCGCAAAUCACCAAGAGGAAGUGGGAAGCGGACGGGACUGUCGCUGAGCGACAGAAGCACUACCUGCAGAACACCUGCGUUGAGUGGCUGAGGAAAUACGUGAGCUACGGGCAGGCCGUGCUGGAGAAGAAAGAGCGCCCCACGGUCCGAGUGUCGGGGCAGGAGACCCCCGGGAUCCUGACCUUGCACUGCCGCGCUUACGGCUUCUACCCGCGGCCCAUCACCGUCAGCUGGCUGAAGGACGGCGAGGUCAGGGACCACGAGACCGAGCGGGGCAGCAUCACGCCCAACAGCGACGGCACCUACUACACCUGGGCCUCCAUCACGGCCCGCCCGGAGGAGAAGGACAAGUACCGGUGCCGCGUGGAGCACGCCAGCCUGCCCGAGCCCGGGCUUUUUGCGUGGGAGUCGGAGUCCAACCUGUUGGCCAUCGUGUUGGGCGUGAUUGUUGCCAUCCUGGCUGUCAUCGCCAUCAUCGCUGGAGUCGUCAUUUUGAAGCAGAGAUCAGGGAAGAAGGGCUACGGCAUGGCGUCAAGCACGGACGGGGGAUCUGGCAGCUCGGCCCAAGUGAUGAACGCCUAACCGCUCCACGAGGGACUGGGGGGCUGGAUGCGGCCCCCUGCCCUCUCACCGGCUGGACACAGAGGUGCUGGAGGCAGCUGGGAGCUGCCCGCAGAGAGCUGGUCACGCUGCGCCUGCCCACCACACUACGCUUGUGG